UCAAGCUCUAUUGUCCACCUAUGGGUCGCGGAAAGAAGAGCAGCAAAGCUCCCACCUCUAGAGAUGCUGUAGUCUUAUCGGCAGGGGACAUCCUUACCGCCGCUCGGGAGUUGAAGGAGCUGCCCGUCCUUCUCGGAGCAAAUACCACCUUCCACAGGGGGACUAAGCUGUCCAAAGGGCUUCUGGACAGAGUCAUUGACAUCACGAGGGAGAAUAUGAAAACCUCGUAUGAUGCAGCACUUGGCUGGGCUAACUGGGACGACCAUGUCAAACGUGAAGAGAUGUCUCAUAAGCACUCGCGCUUCCUCUUGAGAUGGAGGGAAGGCAAAUCUGGUUCGGCAAGAACCGCUGAUGACCUCGUUGCAUUCGUACACUUCCGCUUUGAACGGGCAGAUGAUGACGACCAGCAAUCCGUAUUGUACGUUUAUGAGAUUCAAGUAGCGUCUCCUUAUCAACGACAGGGGAUUGGGGGUGAACUUAUGCAGCUGGUAGAAGCAAUCGCCUUGCAGCUAGGCAUGGACAUUGUCAUGCUCACCUGCCUGAAGAACCGUCCACAAGGUCUAGCAUUUUACAAGACUAAGUUGGAGUACACACUGCAUCCUUCUAGUCCUGAGCUUUGUGGUCAGCCGAAUCCAGCAUACGAGAUACUAUACAAGAGAAUGAGGCCUCAACGUGAAGCAACGUCACAUAAUUGAGUUACCCUGUGCAUU